AAGUCAACCGAAAUUGAGAAAAUAAAAUUCACGCUUGGAAAAUUGAAUAGAUGCUUGAAUGUGGUGCAAUUGGCAGUAGUGCUUCAGGAAAUCGAACGCAGUCAUCAUGUGUAAUCAAUGAUUCAGAUCGCAUUUGAUUGCAUUCACGUUCAGACAUAUGUGUAUUUCGAAUCAAGCAUGGAUAACAGUGUCCAAUGAAACGAAAUAUUGGUGCAACAUCUUCUAGAAGUAUAUGGCUGUGUGGCUGAACUAGAAACAUAAAAGCGCUUUCGACAAAUUGAUUGCAGCGGUUUACAUUUAUUAGUUAAAAAAGAAGAAGAAGAAUAUUUUUCAUUGCAAACAUACACACAACACACAAAAACCAGUUAUGGUGACAACGGAUGAACCAAACCAAGAAUGGCUCCGGCAAAAGGAGCUAGAAUGCGAUGAAAGUCUACGCAAAAUCAACACAACUUUUGAAGCGGGUAAAUUUUGCCGUGGAACAUUUGAUGGAUGGCUGUGUUGGCCCGACACACCUGCAGGGACAUCAGCCCAAGCAUCUUGUCCGGAUUUCAAAAUCGGCUUUGAUCCAUCACGUUUCGCACACAAAGAUUGUAACGCAGAUGGUACUUGGUUUCGACAUCCCGCUAAUAAUAAAACAUGGUCCAAUUACACAACCUGCAUAAAUUGGGACGACUUUGAGUCGCGGCGACAAGUUAAUUUCAUUUAUGAAUUCGGAUAUUCAAUAUCAUUACUAGCCAUACUACUAUCCUUAGCACUUCUCGGUUAUUUUCGGUCAUUAAAAUGUGCCCGAAUCACAAUACAUAUGAACUUGUUUGCUUCAUUUGCGGCAAAUAAUUCCUUAUGGUUACUAUGGUAUCGAAUGGUUGUCCCCAAUCCGGAUGUGAUUGAGCAAAAUGAGUCGAGUUGUGUUAUUUUGCAUUUGGUACUUCAUUACUUCAUGCUGAGCAACUAUGCAUGGAUGCUGUGUGAGGGAUUUUAUUUGCACACUGUACUGGUAUCAGCAUUCAUAUCGGAGCAUCGUUUGGUGAGGUGGUUAAUGGCAUUUGGAUGGAUUGCUCCAGUAUUCAUAUUACUAUCAUAUGGUUUGUCUCGCGGUUUGCGUGGCACUGAAAAGCAGAACUUACAUUGUUGGAUGACCGAUACGCCGUACAAUAACAUACUUGUUGCGCCCGUUUGUAUAUCAAUGAUGAUGAAUUUACUGUUUCUCUGCAACAUCGUUCGGGUUUUAUUCAUGAAAUUGCGAGCACCAGCAGGACCACAAGGUGGAGCACCAUCACGGAAUAUAUUGCAAGCGUUUCGUGCAACGCUGUUGUUAGUGCCGCUAUUGGGUCUACAGUACGUAUUAACACCGUUUAAACCAGAAUCAGGCCAUUCAUAUGAGAUCGUAUAUGAAAUUGUAUCAGCAUUUACAACAUCAUUGCAGGGUCUGUGUGUGGCGACUUUGUUCUGUUUCUUCAACGGCGAAGUGAUUGCACAGGUAAAACGAAAGUAUCGAACGUUAUUCUUCAGCAGUCGAGCGCGUUCGAAUUCAUAUACAGCGACACAGGUUUCAACACACCAAUUGCAGUUUGUUCGUAAUGGACCGCCGGUACCGGGAGAGGAGAAAGUUUGACUACGCGAUAAAUCAUACCGAGGUCAUCGAGAUCGUAACGAUGAUGAUGAUCAAAUCAAAGUGACCAUACACACAACGCCCAACUACGAUUACGAUCCAAAAACCAAUAGCCAAACAAAUGAUAAAGGAAAUUAUUCGAAUUGGUCAAAUGAUGCUGGUGAAACGUUGGAAAUGCUCGAAAUCACACAAUCCAAAAUCAAUAAUAAUAAUGGACGAGAAACGAAUGGGCAUCGUGUUAAUAAUUGCAGUGGACCAUUCAAAAAUACCACAUCAACUGAACCAAUCGACACUUACGAUAAUCUGUAAAUUAUAAGCUAUAACACAAACUGAUGAAUGCAAGAUUACCACUUACUUGCAUCGCCAACAGUCUGAAUUAUGAACUUAUUAUAAGGUUAAAAUCUUCGUUAAACACACAUAAUAUACACAUAUUGUCUCGCGCUGAUUUUGGCUCACACAAAAUUUCAAUAGAUUUGGACACAUUCAAUUCAAAUCGAUAUCACAUUGACAAUUGAAAAUUGAAUAAAGACAGAAAUAAAUUGAAUAUGCUUUAAACAGCACAAAUCCAUCUUCAAAUAUCGUUAAGUGUAUAUUUACAUACAUACAUACAUACAUACAUACAUAUAUAUAUAUAUUUUAAUAGAAAUUAUAAAACCAAAACUGUUUCAUUUUCGUCAAAGCAGUUCAUAUGAUUUAAGUAUUUUACUAAUAUAAUCGAAUCAAUGUGGGCUUAAUAAAUAUGGCAUAGAAUAAAAAAAAGUUGAGAAAAUUUUGAAAAAAUGAAAUUCUAGUCGAAGAGACGUGCAAAACGAAUUGUUUUUAUAUUUAAGCGUGUACAAAACUGUGUAAGUGUCUUAGUUUCAUUAUGUUUUUAAAAGAAAAAUUUGGAAAUGUGCAAACAAAACAAAACAAAAAAUUAACAACUCCUAUGCUUAAUGUGUAAGAAUUUGAGAAGCCAAAGUUUUGUUUAGACAUAUAUAUAUUCAAGAACACAUUCUCUCAAACACUCAACUGAAUUGAAUUCGAAAUAUAACCAAAACACAAGCAAAUCAGGUUUUCUAUCUUUGAAAAUGUAUUCGAGAAUUUUAAUGUACUGAUAGAAAUACUAAUGGGUGAAAACGAUGUUAGCGUAUUUACUAAACACAAACAUCAACAAAACUUUAGUUUUAUUCUCAAUUUAUUUUUUACAUUCUUACUUUGCAUUUUACUCUUUAGCAUUAAUUCUUAUAUAUUCUGUAACUUAAAUGCACAAAAGAACAACAACAACAACAGCAACAACCACACCGAGCUUAUUUAUAGGGGAAAAUAAAUGGAACAAAAAGAGAUACGCAGACAUUAUACAUACACACUUACAUUUCCAAUCGUAUUUUCAAAAGGGUAAUAUCUCAUCGAGCAUUGUGUUGAUUUAGAGAUAAUGUGGCCAAACUCAAUCAAUGAUUUUUGGUAUGCACAACAAACACAUUGCAAAUUGCGAUGUGAUCGGCAUGCAAUCAGACCUAUACGGUUCAGUGGCCGAUUUCGGGCAUCCAAUUUAUACAAAUUCAAAUCCAAAUAUCCAAACAUUGUUGUAGACACACACACAAGUGUGUACAGUCAUUGCAAAUCAGGGUCACAAAUCACCUGUUUUUUUCAUUACAUUAACCAAACAUUCUAAAAGUUUUCUGGUUUUUUUUAAUGUUUUGAUAUUUGGCAGUAUUUGGCAUUUUUUGAAGCUUUCGGCUUUGUGACGAGGGUAUCGUACAUAAUUUUCUGUCUUUUUUGAUUGAGUAUUAAAAUUGAACUUUGUGUAAUUUUUCGAAAAAAAAAAAAACUGAAAACUCAUUUACGUGCGAUUAUUGAUUUGUAUAAGGAAAAAUACGAAUUUAUUAUGAAAUGUUCGCAUAAAUGUAAUUGCCAUUGAAGAUGUAUAUAGAAAAUAUGCUGAAAACGAUGGGAAUAUGCUUCUAAACAAUAAAAUCACAUGUGAAAUAGAUUAUCAUCCAGAUUACCACAACUCAAACAGUUUUAUGCAGUUACGCCAAUAAAACAUUCAUUUUCUUUUAACAGUCUGCAAUCGUCAAGUUAUGGGAGAAACCCAUGUUCUGUAACACAUUUGAUUGUAUCUCAUGUAUUUUGUGCUUCAAAAAGUUCUUUUUAUUCAUCUGUUUCAUUUUAAAAUUGAAAAGACUAAACAAGGUACUCGAAUUGGCGGUAUGGAAGAAAAAUAAAUAAGAGAAGAAGAAAAAUUAUCGCAUUAUGAAUUUUUCGAUAGAAGCCAAUAAAGAAGAUGCGCAUUCGAAAUGUUUCAUGAAAUUGCAACGUUUAAAAUAUAGUAUUUUCUAUAAUACAUAAUAUAACAUUUUGAAAUCGCAUAUCUCAUUUUGGUGCGUUGAAUUUUUCAACAUGGAAGAUUGUAUUUGAUUUUUUCUAACGGUUCGAUUGUGAUUAUAUAUUUAGCUUUUGACGGUUAAAAAUGCCAAACAUUUUUGCUUGCCGUCAGUUUUUCGGAGAUUAAUUUUUUGAAGGUUUUAUGUCACGAAUAGAUGAUUUUACAUUGUAUGUGUAUGCAAAGUCGCGCAUCAUUCAUGAAGAUUUUCAUGGCCUAAUAAUUCAUCAAGCCCUGAUUUUUCGCAGCUUCAAUAAGCACGAAAUUUAAUUAAAUCCAUUCAAGAAAAGAAUUUAUUGUCAAAAUUGAUUUCAUUCAGUACCAUCCGCUGCCUCCGUGCAGUGUUUGUAUUUAUUUGUAAUUUGUUGUCACUCAAAACACAAGAAGAAACAGUGCGACGGAAAUUAAUAGAUUAUGAAGCUCAAAAUUGAAUAGAAUCGCAAAGUUUGAAGAAGAAAAACCUUGCAGCUUUUAGUAUAUAAUAACUGCAGAAUAUGUUAUUUUAUUAAAUGUACAGAAAUGUUGACGAUAUGAUCCCAUAUAUUAGUGUUUCCUUUGGUUGAGCGUGUCCUAUCGCAAUAUCAUCAUUUGCGGUCUAUUCUCUCAUCAAAUAUAGCCAAAAACAACGAUUUCGCAAAACAUUCAAUUCAAUCAAUUUUAAAGGGCUAUUUAUGUCAUACACCCUACGUAAUUCGAAUUUUAGCAACAGAAAAAGAAGAUAUCAGAACAGAGAACCAAUAAAUGAAUAACACAUAAGAACAUACAAAUAUAAAUGUUAUUUUUGUAAAAUAAAAUUGAGAAAAGGUGGAAAGAGAACGAAAAUCAUAUACACAUAUACUAAAAACUAAGUUUUAUUUUGUAAUUGUGCAUGUGCACACGGCGAGAUAAGAGAUGCCCGCAUUCGCAACCACGUAUUUCUAUGGAACACAAACACAAAAUGGAUCGGAACGGACCUUAGUCUUAACAUAAAUUAUCAUCAAAGUGAAUAAUAAAUGUCAUCGAAAGCGAAGACUUCGACGACGAUGAUAAAUUUACUGAACAAAGCGACGACAGAUUCGUUUUCAAUCAAGUAUACCGAACAAACUUAAUGAGUGUUAUUUCCGUAUGUCCGUGUUAUUUAUCUGAAAUGUUAAAUUUUUUUUUAUUUUAUCCCGAAUUAAACAUAUGAACGCAUGGAAAAUAUAAUGACAAAAAAAAAAUAUUUGUGUAAUUGUGAAAUGAAAAAAAAAAAAACUUUGAAUGAAAAAUGUAACAUAAAUGUUUGCAAAUAUAUAGAAACAA